AUGGCAAUGAGUGGCUACCUCUUUUGGCUGUUCUGGCCACUGAUGCUCCUUCACCAGGGUGAUGCACAGUUCCCACGGGAAUGUGCUACCCUGGAUGCAUUGAGAAGUGGUGAAUGUUGUCCUGACCUGAAUCCAGGAUCCGAGCCUGGGACAGACAGCUGUGGCUUAUCCACUGGACGGGGCAGGUGUGAUGCAGUUGUUGCUGAUUCCCGGCCCCAUGGGCCCCAGUACCCACAUGAUGGUAGAGAUGAUCGUGAAGCCUGGCCCACCAGGUUCUUCAACAGAACCUGCCGCUGCAAUGGUAAUUUCUCAGGAUACAACUGUGGGACUUGCAAACCUGGAUGGAGAGGAUCAGCAUGUGACCAAAGGGUCCUUACAGUUAGGAGAAACCUUCUAGACCUGAGUAAAGAGGAAAGAGAUCGUUUCAUCAGUGCCCUUGACACGGCAAAGCGCACUAUUCAUCCCAAUUUGGUCAUAGCCACCAGGAGAUCAGAAGAACUACUGGGUACAGAUGGCAAUACCCCACAGUUUGAGAAUAUUUCCAUUUAUAACUACUUCGUGUGGUCCCACUAUUACUCAGUCAAAAAGACUUUCCUUGGGGAAGGGCAGGAGAGCUUUGGGGCUGUGGAUUUUUCUCAUGAAGGCCCAGCAUUUCUCACCUGGCAUAGGUACCACCUACUACAGUUGGAGAAAGACAUGCAGGAGAUGUUGCAGGACCCCACUUUUGCCCUUCCAUACUGGAAUUUUGCUACUGGAGGAAACACCUGUGAUAUCUGCACAGAUGACUUGAUGGGCUCAAGAAGCAACUUUGAUUUUUCUCUGAUAAGUCCGAAUUCUGUCUUUUCACAAUGGCGAGUCUUAUGUGAAUCUGUGCAAGAUUAUGAUACUCUGGGAACCAUUUGUAACAACACAGAAGGAGGACCUAUUCGAAGAAACCCAGCUGGAAAUGUAGCAAGGCCCAUGGUGCAACGUCUCCCUGCACCACAGGAUGUCGCUCAGUGCUUGGAAGUUGGUUUAUUUGAUACUCCUCCCUUUUAUUCCAAUUCAACAAACAGUUUCCGAAACACAGUGGAAGGUUACAGUGAUCCUACAGGGAAAUAUGACCCUGCAGUUCGAAGCCUUCAUAAUUUGGCUCAUCUGUUUUUGAAUGGAACAGGAGGACAGACCCAUUUGUCUCCCAAUGAUCCUAUUUUUGUCCUUCUACACACUUUCACAGAUGCAGUUUUUGAUGAAUGGUUGAGGAGAUAUAAUCCUGAUAUAUCAAUAUUUCCAUUGGAAAAUGCUCCUAUUGGACACAACAGACAAUACAAUAUGGUGCCAUUCUGGCCUCCAGUUACCAAUACUGAAAUGUUUGUUACUGCACCAGACAAUCUGGGAUAUGGUUAUGAAGUUCAGUGGCCAAGUCGACCUUUCAAUGUUACUGAGAUCAUUACUAUCACAGUAGUGGCUGCCCUAAUACUGGUGGCAAUUGUCUUUGUUGUCACCACUUGUUUUAUCCGGGCCAGAAGAAACAAAGAUGAAUCCAAUCAACCUCUUCUCGGUGAUCAAUAUCAACGUUAUGCAGAAGAAUAUGAAAAAUUGUCAAAUCCUAGUCAGUCCAUGGUAUGAAGAAGAGAUAAAAGUGUAUAAUAUUUCAGUUUUCUACAUCACGUAAGUCCUUAACCUCACUUGUUUCAAAUGGUCACUUAAGUCAAUAAUAUUUUUUCACCCCUGUCUUACAUAGGUAUAUGAUUAUUGAGCCCAUCAUGAACAAUUGAAGAGCCACUGAAAAACUCGUGAAUUUGUGUUCAGUUUAUAAAUUAAGGAAAUUGUAAUAGAUCACCCUUGAGGGUCUUUAGACUCUAGCCUCUCUAGAAGAUAAUGAAAUGGAAUGAGUGCUAAACUUAGAGCUAGCUAAAAGCCUGGGUUUUUCCUUCAUCUGAAACUUAUGUGCCCAUAAACAAGUGAAAAACUCUUUCAUUCUCAAUAUCUUCACUGAUAAAAUGUAGAAACAGUGCUUUUAUUACCUACCUCACAGAGUUGUUGUGAGGCUCAAAUGAGAUGUCAUAUGUAAAGUCCUAUUGGAAAUGCUAUAUAAAUAUUAUUGUUAAACAUUUUAUAUAUUUCCUUAUUUGAAUAAUAUCUUGUUACUGCACCAGUGAGAUUACAUAGCUACGACAUAAUGACAUUGUGAAGGAUGACCAUGUGUUGUGGAAUUCAAGAACCUUCUGGGCUACAUUUCUGGGUUUGAGUAUACAAAAAUAUCAACUGAGUUAUGGUGUCGGCUGAGUAUGAAUGUCCAUAACACUAUUAAGAUGUCACAAUUUACUAACAGAAGUUAAUGGCUGGAAGGCAGAAGACCUUUGGCUAAUAAUAAUAGACACACAUGCUUAAAGCUCAUUGAAAAGUAUAAACAGGAGCUUAAUGAAUGUGGUUAUUAAUUUGUUUUUCCUACUGUGAUUCUAGCUUGAAUAUAGCCUUAAGUCUCACAUAUCUCACAUGAGAUGAUGGCACUUAUGUUGAUGAUUGUGACUACAAUGAUUUUUAGCCAUUUUUGCCACACUAGGGCUUCAUGUGAAACUCUUCUAUAAUUUGCAAUUGCAGUUGGUAUUACCUAAGUCAAUCACUAUUUGCAACAAGGGCUCCUUGCCUUACAAGCUGCCUCCAAAGCAGGGUCCAUCUCUAAAAGCUGUUCUUUAACUUUACCUACCUGGUGAAACAGAUGUUUAGUAGUUCACAUAUGUGUUAUAUCACUGACAAUCAUACAUCCAUGCUAUUCAACUAUUAUUAUUAUCUCCCACACAAAUAUCAGAGCUUUACCUUGCAUGGUGCAUUUGUAUGUUAUUUGAAUAAUAA